UCUUGGCAACAGUGUAAAUACUAACUUAAGAAAAAGAUCCAAAGAUACAUGCAAAAUGGCCGCCUCGAGAUUCGUAAAUUGUUUAAUAAUUUUACUAUGCAUAACACUAUGCUCAGGCGAAGUUGCGAAUCACAUAGGGCUGCAAGAAGAGCUCGACGGCGAUGAAACUAAUAAUGACAAUGAUCCCGGCGAACCGCCGCCAUCACACAGCUACAAGCAUCACUAUGACUCCAACAACCACAACCAGUUGCUUGGGGCACAAGCUUAUGCCAAACCAAAAGUAAAAUGCCACAGUUGUGAUCCACCACAUUGUACAAAUGAGACCACCUGCCACAAUGCUGUGCUGUGCUGGAAAUCCCGGCUCCGUGAGUCGACUGGUAUGGAGAAGGUUCAAAGAGGAUGCACAAUUGAUCCAGAACAAGUUCCAUUCUAUUGCCAUUCACCAACAUUUGAUGGUCCUCAGAAAAGGGACUCCAGAGUGCUGGUAAACAUUGUGUGCUGUUCACAAGACUUUUGUAAUGCAGGACAAUUUCCACCAAUUCAUGUGGAUAUUGUGCCAUAUUCAGAUUCAUUUAAUUAUGGUUUAAAAUUAACUGGGGCUGUGCUUGUCCCAGUAUUAUCAAUAAGCAUCCUGGGGGCUAUUAUUUUAAUAUUUAUGAGGAAAGUGCACAGACACAGAUUGAGAAAUCAAAGUAAACAUGAUCCUGAUACAUAUUAUGCCAGUGAUGAUUUGCUCAGAGCCACAGCAGCUGGUGAUAGCACAUUGAGAGAGUAUUUAGAACAUUCAAUGACUUCUGGUAGUGGCUCUGGUUUGCCACUGUUGAUUCAGAGAACUUUGGCUAAACAAAUCUCACUUGUUGAAUGCAUUGGUAAAGGCAGAUAUGGUGAAGUCUGGAGAGGGAUUUGUCAUGGGGAGAAUGUUGCUGUAAAGAUCUUUUUCUCUAGGGAUGAGGCCAGCUGGAAUAGGGAGACUGAGAUUUACAGCACUAUCUUGUUGAGGCAUGAUAAUAUUCUGGAUAUUGGGUCAGAUAUGACAUCUAGGAAUUCCUGCACACAAUUGUGGCUGGUCACACAUUAUCAUUCUUUCGGCAGUUUGUAUGAUCAUCUCAAUAGGACGACGUUGACGCAUCAGCAAAUGCUCCUGAUUUGCAUAUCUAUUGCUAAUGGAUUAGUACAUUUACAUACAGAAAUAUUUGGAACAGAGGGUAAACCUGCAAUUGCUCACAGAGAUAUAAAAAGUAAAAACAUAUUGGUAAAGAACAAUGGCACCUGUGUCAUUGCUGAUUUUGGCCUCGCCGUUACGCACACCCAGCAGAACGACAUGCUGGACAUUGGUUCCAACCCUAAAGUUGGUACAAAGCGCUACAUGUGUCCUGAAGUCUUAAAUGAAACAAUAAGAAUGGACUAUAUCGACUCAUUUCGGCGCGCGGAUAUUUACGCGUUGGCGUUGGUCUUCUGGGAGAUCGCCCGGAGGACGCUGAGCAACGGCAUCGCCGAGGAAUACAAACCUCCUUUCUUUGACGUUGUUCCUAGUGAUCCCAGUUUUGAAGAUAUGAAGAAAGUCGUCUGCACUGAUCAGCAGCGACCUAACAUACCCAAUAGAUGGGCCAGUGAUGAGACACUAAGUGGUUUAGUGAAAAUAAUGAAGGAAUGCUGGCAUCCCAAUCCGAACGUGCGGCUCCCCGCGCUGCGCAUCAAAAAAACUUUACUAAAAUUAGUUAAUAAGGACUGUGUUAUCAAUUUGGACGAACUGGCUGUCUGCGUGUAGAGAGUGCAUGUGAAUGUGUAUGAAAUUGCAAUCAAAAUGGCGUUACAUUGCUAACGCCUCACAUCGGUACAAAAAGGCAUGCAAUAUUUGAGUUGUUUUAAGCGAGUGCAGAAGGAAAGCCGGCGGGAUCGUAUGUGCCAAACACUUUGACUUUUAACUCUUACUUUAGGUUACUUUCCCACGCGCCAUGGCAUAAUAAUUGCAACUUAUCGUGUGAUUCGUAUUUAUGUAUCUCUGCAGCGGGGCGAACAUGUAUUAAGAUUAGUUUGUUAACAGUAUUAUGUUAAUUUUAUUAAAAUAUUCUAGAUUUAUUAGCGCGCGCCAUAUUUGCAAAAGGGGAACCAUUGCAACAGCUCGAUAAGAAACGCGGUGCCAUCUGAAGAUAUUUUUUAAUGUAACGUAGGAUUAUUAUUAUUAUUAUUAAUUGACUAAUUCUCGGACAAAUGCGGAUAUCAUUGAUUUACGUCGGACAACCACUAACAACGCAAUUGUUUUUCAUAUCUAAUUCGUAGUGAUAAAACCCAGUUUAGUUCGUACGGUCGUACAUGAAUGUAAAUACUUUCGUUGUAGAUAAGAUAUCUUUAAAUCAUAUCGUUUAAUCCUAAAUGGUUAUGACAAGAAUUACGUUAAGCAACACAUACUCAAUGACAGAAUUAUUAAAACGAAGAGGACAAUAUCGACUUAAGAAGGGAGCUACCGAUCUAGCAGAUACUUAUUUUCAAUCGAAAUUCGUGUGUGUAAAAAUCAGUGUAACAGAUUCAUAUCAAAUUUAUUUAUCAAUUGAUAUCGACGAGAUGUGGACGGCGACGAGGCUCACACACAAUCAUUUUUUACUCAUCACUAAUUAUUAUUGUAAACGAUAAUAUCUGUGUCUAGUAGCGUGUAACUAUAAACGUAUAGUUCAAAUCAAAGACGUUCAAUUUGGUAUGCGCGAUGCAUAUUACAUUACUAACGUGUUAUACUUAUUAUUGUGUACAUAAUUAUAACAAAGGUCUCACUAAUACAUAUUUCAUCAUAACUUAAGUUGAAACGGUUCAUUUUAUUGUAUGAUUACUGAUGGAAAUGAUUAUUAAGCAAUAUAGUUUAAAUUGUA